CGCGUCGUCUGCUACACUUUGUCAUGUCAUGAUUGAUACAGUUGUAUUCAUGGCUCAAAAUAUUUUGAUUACGAGAGGAAUUCGAAGAAUUUUUUAUGAACCAGUGCACAAUUUUUGACAAGUUUAAAAGCGAAGAACUCGAGCAAAGAAAAGCCUUUACAAAAUUCAUAUUUUUGUAUAGAAAUGAUUGAAACUCAGUGAUGGAUAGGCGUUAUCUUUAUGGAACAUAACCUCAAACUUUCGUUGCGGUUUUGAAAAGUUGGAUUAUUAUGCUGGAAUUUUGAUAUAAUUUAAAUAAAGGAUGAGCGAUGCGUACCAGAAGUCUGCUAUUGUUCCUUAUUUGCAUCGUAGGGAGCAGUAUCAUUUUUAUCGCUUUCAGCAAUCAACGACCAUCCAUUCAGACUUUAGUGACAGAGACUCACAAACAAUUACGAAACUUCCAGGAGAACUUAAAAGAUGUCGAAGAAAAGCGUUUGGUUACAGGCUCAAAAUACCUCGCUCUCCUCGGCCUUGAUGGAAAAACAAACACGACGCCUCUAAUUCCAAAAUCGCAGAAUAUCACUGUGGUGUCCUUGCUCAGGCCUGGAAACGAGCAGAAUAUUUAUGGGUUUGUUAAAAAUAUUUCUCAUUUUCUGCCAAACAACAGCAUUAUCGUUUACAGCAUUGGAUUAAACGAUGACACUCUGCAAGCUGCACACUCAGUUUGCAACUCUAGUAAAUGCAAUGUGAUUCAGUUUGAUUUGAGUCCUUUUCCUGCUCACGCUGAAGACGAUAGACUACACGUAUAUAGACCUCUAGUGAUUCAGACAGCUUUAAAUACAUUAGGAAAUAUAUUAUACAUGGAUCCAAACGUACGAUUGAAUUCUUCGGAUAUCUCGAAGUAUCUUUCGCCAAAAUCGGGAAUUUUAACUUGGCCAACGAGACACGCUAUUAGUUCUCUCACCCAUCCAAAGAUGUACGAAUAUUUUCACACCUCAACGGAAAGUUUCUUCUUUCUCCCAUUGAUUAGGGCAUCACACUUAGUUAUUAGAAACACUAAUGAAAUUCGAGAAAAAAUUAUGCUGCCUUGGAUUCAGUGCGCGCUAACUAGGGACUGCAUUUGUCCCAUUGGAGCUCAGUCUGCUGGCUGUCGAUUCAACAAAAAGCCUCAGUAUCGAUAUUCCGGUUGCCACGCUUAUGAUACGGCAGCUUUGAAUAUAGUGCUUGGAUUGUAUUUUAAUUUUGAUGACACGAACUACAUUCACCAAGAAAGAGAAACCUACUUCCACAAAAUUGAACCUGAUGAGAUUUACGAGGAAUAUUUGUCAAUAGCAAGGCAAAAUAACGUAACGGAAGUUAACGCGAGGGGAAUAGCGUACACCGAGCAUUGACCAUUUUAUUCCUGGAUCUCAAUAUUUUCUAUCAUAAUCUUAAGUGAUAUAAUGAAAAGCGCAAUUUAAUUUGAGUAUUUAAAUAAAGGUAUGGUAAUAA